CCUCACGCCUCACCCGCGCCCGUCUCCGCCUCGUCGCCUUCCAACCUCUCUCUCGACUCUUCCUCUCCCUGCUCCACUCGCCUUCGCGCUCUUGCUCUACCUCUGCCACGCUUGACAGCCGCGCAGCCGAAGCCGCCGCAGCAGACGCGAGGCGUUGCUCGCCCAUCUCCCACGUCCACGCCGGCAGCAGCAGCAGCAGAGCAGCGCAGCUUGUCUCUCGCCCACCCGCCUCGCCCGCAGCUCGCAGCUCGCACCUCGCCCCUCUACGCCGUCUCCUCGUCGCUCUGCUGCGUCUCGUCCAUCUGCUGCCUACGCGCCUCGGUGCUGCUGCCAGUCCAGCUCCGCCUCUCUCGCCCUCCGCCCUCCCUCGCCCUCUCCGCCCCCUUCCUUAGCCCGCCAUGUCCGCGGCGCACGGCACCUCGUCGCACAGCUCCGGCUCAAACGUCGUCGGCGUGCACUACCGCGUCGGCAAGAAGAUUGGCGAGGGCUCAUUUGGCGUCAUCUUUGAGGGCACGAACCUGCUCAACUCGCAGACGGUGGCCAUCAAGUUUGAGCCGCGCAAGUCGGAUGCGCCGCAGCUGCGCGAUGAGUACCGCACGUACAAGAUCCUCAACGGCAGCCCGGGUGUGCCGCAGGUGUACUACUUUGGCCAGGAGGGCCUGCACAACAUUCUCGUCAUCGACCUCCUCGGCCCCAGCCUGGAGGACCUGUUCGACAUGUGUGGGCGCAAGUUCAGCAUCAAGACGGUCGUCAUGACGGCCAAGCAGAUGAUCACGCGUGUGCAGGCGAUCCACGAGAAGAACCUCAUCUACCGCGACAUCAAGCCCGACAACUUCCUCAUCGGCCGGCCGAUGACAAAGACGGCCAACAUGGUCUGGGUCGUCGACUUUGGCAUGGCCAAGCAGUACCGCGACCCCAAGACGAAGCAGCACAUUGCCUAUCGCGAGCGCAAGUCGCUCAGCGGCACGGCGCGCUACAUGAGCAUCAACACGCAUCUCGGCCGCGAGCAAUCGCGCAGAGACGACCUCGAGGCUCUCGGUCACGUCUUCAUGUACUUCCUGCGCGGCGGCCUCCCGUGGCAGGGCCUCAAGGCUGCCACGAACAAGCAGAAGUACGAGAAGAUUGGCGAGAAGAAGCAGAGCACGCCGAUCAAGGAGCUGUGCGAGGGCUUCCCUGAGGAGUUUGGCAUCUACCUCAACUACGUGCGCAAGCUCGGCUUUGAGGAGACGCCCGACUAUGACUUCCUGCGCGAGCUGCUCGGCAAGGCGCUGCACGGCGAGGUCGACGACGGCGUGUAUGACUGGAUGAUGCUGAAUGGCGGCAAGGGAUGGGAGGCCGGCACGAGCCGCGAGCGUCGGGACGAGCGGGAGCGCUACCGCGACCCACGGGCAUCGCACGCCGCGCCGGCACGCGACGCCUCGGGAGCGGCGCUUGCGGCGCCGGGCGCUGGCGUGCAGCGCAGCGGCUCGAAGCAGGGCCGCAAGUCUGGCGUGCCUGCCGGUCUGCAAGCUGCCGAUGGCGGACGCACUGCAGCUCUGCGUCAGGGCGGCGCAAACGCCGACUACGCCAGCGGCGGCGGCGCUGGCUCCGGGUACGGCGGCAACGUGGCUGCUGCGAGCAACGUGGCAGUUCACGGCGCCGCCAUCGCACCGGGACAAGAUGGCACGCACUCACCGAACGGCGCGCACACGCCACGAGGCGACAGCCACCACAACACGCUGCCGACGCAGAGCAACAUGCACAUGCACAACGGCGCGGGCGCAGGCAACGAGACGCGCAUCAGCGGAGCGGGCAAUCAGCAGCGCGAGUCGCGUGGCCUGGCGCACGAGAACGGAGCGGCUGGCGGCACACACCCCGCUGAGCGCCAAAGCUUUGGCACCAAGCUCGUCAACUUCUUGACGUGCCGCUGCGGCUGAUCGCGCCCACGUACCCACUCUCUCCUCGCACCUCAUCAUCAUCAUCUCCCCGGAAGCGCUCAUCGACGAGGAGCGCACACACACCCAUCGCCACACAAGAACUGCCUAGACGAGGCUGCAAGGAGCUAUCGCGCGGGAGCUGGCGUUCUUCUUCUCUUUGCCUUAUUCCUACGCUCCGUCCCAUCUCUGCCUCUUCGCCGGAUCGAGUCAUCGACGCACGUCGAUCUCUCCUCUGGCGCAGCACGCCGUCGAAGAGGAGAAGGCGGAAUGAGCGCCCCAAGACGCGCCUCUCGCCAGUCCCUCACGAUUCGCAGCCCGCCCUCUCCCACUCGCCAACCUCUCCCCCCCCCCCCCC